AUGCUCGUCAAAGCACUCCAACUAGCACUCGAAGAAGACCAGGAGGAGAGAGAGCAGAACCAAAACCAGAAUCAUCGAGGAACGGAGCACAAGCAGAUCGAGUCCAGAAAGAAGUUGGUCCCGAAGUCAAGAAGACCGGUGUCAAAGAUCGAGAAGCAAGAGCACAGCAAGGCCAACGAGAAUCAGUCCGAAGAGCAUCCGAAGCACGCGAAAGAGCAAAACGAGACGCCGAAUGGUAGUAAUGUAUGCGACGAAGUUGCGACCAACAAGGCCACCAGCGGCAAAGAUCACAACGACGAGGCUCACAACGAUGAGAAUAUGACCCAGGGUGACGAGAACCAGGAUCAACCCAUAUCUACUCCCGAUAAGAAGUCGACCACGCGUCCCAUCUUCACCACUCCAUUCGCCGUUCCCGCGGGAAAUCUCCAGACCCUCAAGCUACUCUGGACAGCGAAGACGGAGAUGGCAGACAUCCCGGGUGGCAUAUUGCCUGAACAGAAAGGAACAUAA